AUGCAGCACUCGCUCCGCCGCAUGCCUGGCGUGUCCUCCAACGAAUCAGGAGAAAUCGUUGGCCAGCUCCAAGAGGUCGGCCAAGUCAUCAAUCAAGAGACCAGCCAGCUGGUCGACGCUCUGAUGAACCUCACCCUCGACCAGGAGGAUGCCGAGAAGGCCCUUUCUCGUCUGAGCCUCGAAGCCACGCUCCUCAAGGAGGAGGCGGAACACAAGGCGCAGACCAUCAGGGACCUCCGCGCCGAGGUUGAAGCGGAAAAGAGGAAGCGCGAGCAGGCCGAGCAGGAUGUCAAGAAGGUCAUGAGUGAUCUCCAGCGGCUGCGGGAGGAUUUCAGAAGCGUCCAGGAGGAGACGACGAGGAAAGACGAGGUCACUGAUGCUGAUUUCCGUGACGACAUUGUCAAGGUACCUUCUGCCCAGUACGUCGUCGGUGAUGGGAACGGAAAGCACGCUGACGCCUUGUUCACCGAGCGACAGGGCCUCGAGGAUACCAUACGCCACCUGGAGGAUCAGGUGAACAAUCGGCGCUCGCUCUGGCUCAUGAAACACUCUGAUCCGCAGUCCGUGGCGCGCGCCAUCGAGACGCUCGCUGACUCUGUGCAGGACAACCAGGCUGCCCACCAAUCCAUCAUGUCCAUGAGGAACAGAGCCGCUCGUGGGCCCGAGAACCAUCAAGACGCCAGACAUCAGGCCGACGCAGAUGCCCGCGGCGCGUACGGCGACAUGGCGCCCCCGCCGCGUCCCGGCUCCGUCUUUCAGUCCUCAAGCAGCAGAUGCUGUCCAGCUGCGCCCCCCAAGUUUGGUCCCCUCCAAGCCGGGCCGCCUCGGGCACCGUCUGCCUUCUCCCACGAACGGCGAUACCAGGGAUCCGCGUCGUCGUGGAGCGCCGCCCACGCUCGUUUUGCGCAGGCCGCCAACCCGUUCUACACCGCCGCCGCGUCCUCGUCUACUCGCCCGCCUGCCCGCCUGCCCUACCACGCCAACGCCCCUGCUCGGUACAAACCCAUCGCCAGCGAGUUCCAGCCGGGCUACGUCCACGAGCACGUUGCCGCUCCCGCCCGUCCUGGCACGGCCUUUGGCCAGCACCAGCCUCCGCGCGACUACCACCCUCGGACGCCGACGUCUCGCUCCCGCUACGGACGACUCGCCGAUGCCAGCCUGUCCGAGUACGGGAGCGGUCCCUCGUCGGCCGGCAACGCCGUCACCGCGCGCGGCGGUCUCGCCGGGCCCCUGAUUCACAUGAACGAGCAGUCGGUGGCGGCGUGGAACGAGGCCAUCAUGGACUUUUACGCCAUGAUCCGCGCCUUUGUCGAGCGUCAUGCCAAUGUCCCCGAUCCCGCCAUGGCCAUGAAGAUGAGCGCCACGCCUCUGUGGCCCGUCCUCCUGGCCACCUACCAUCCGCUUUCCGCCAAGGAGGCCGCGUCCUAUCUGGACAUUCAUCUCCGCGCGGAUAAUCCAAAGUGCUGCCUCGUCACGCGCGUCAUCAUCGACUACAUUGUCAACAGGGUCUGGGUGCCCAACGCAUGGGUCGGCGCAGACAGCGAAUGCACCUGCGCACUCCUCGAGCUGGAAAAGGAUCUCGAGAAGACUCAAGGCCAGCCCUCUGCUCAGCGCCAGCCGCUGCUCGACCGCCAAGCCUACAUUCUCGACACAAUCAUCAAAUCCGAGCCGGCGUCAUUCCACCAGGAAAAGAUUCACGAAACCACAGGCGCCCUCCUGGCCACCAUCAACCCGCUCCUGAACCGCCUCACCAACCCGGCCGACGCGUACCGCGACCUCGAGCAAGUCGCCGACCUGGCGUGGGACCUGUCGUCCAAGAUCCUCACGUCCCGGCUCACCUUUGACUUCCGCUUCCCCGAGGUGGGCACCCGCUUCUCGAGCCAGAGCAUGCUGCCCAUCUGGCCGGCCCUCGAGCCGACGGAGCUGCAGGCCAAACACUGGCGGGUGGCGCUCGUGACGACGCCCGUCAUCACCUGUCGCAACGACACGGGGAGUAAUAUCUCGGCGCACUCGGUUGCCCUGGCCGACGUCUACUGUAUGCAGUGA